GUGUGUGUGUGUGUGUGUAUGUGUGGGUUGGUCUAUGUGGUUUACGAGGACAUGAAUAGUGUAUAAUAACAUGUUUAUUAUGCUAUAAAGGUGGUUUACGGGGACACAGAGAGUGUCCUCAUAAACGGAAAAGCUAAAAAAACAUACUAAAUGGUAGUUUUUCAUAGAUUAAAGACUGGCAACAGGUUUUGUGACAUUGGGGUUAGGGAUUGGGGUAGGUAAGGGGAAUAGAAUAUAACAGUUUGGACAGUAUAAAAUGCAUUGCGUCUAUGGAGAUGUCCCCGUAAACCACAUACACCAACAUGUGUGUGUGUGUGUGUGUGUGUGUGUGUUGUAUGUGUAAAAACAGUAAAUACUAUUAGCCCUUCUUUCACCUUUUCACCACACACUUUACUUGUACUUGCAAAUAAUAAACUAUAUAUAACUAUAAUACUAUAAUUAUCAACUUUCUUUAUCUUGUUUGACUGUUGCUUUAAGAGAGUGGGCAGGGUUCGGAGUGGUGGGCGGGGCUGAAGAGCUUCUUGGAUGAGUUGUGUUUAAUAUCCUCACGCAUUGUUAAAAGGAGGUCAGUUAAGGUUUCAUCUAGCAAGGACCAUGACAGCUCCAUUAAGAUCACUUGCUGAAGAUUAUCCAAGAUACCUCAAAUCAUUUGAACUCUUUCUGGAUCGCUCAUCAGAGCACCAAUGUAUGCAGGACUUCAUCCAUAAUACUCUUCCAGACAUACUGGGAAGCAUUGGUGGAGGACGGCCCAUUUUUAAUGUAAUGGGUGUAGGGAGUGGUACAGGUGAGAAUGAUUUAGAGAUGCUAGCACAGCUACACUUUAAACAUCCACUUGUCAAAGUCAACAAUGAAGUGGUGGAACCGAGCACUGACAUGUUACACAAGUAUAAAGUUCUUGUGUCAAAAACGCCAAAUCUUGAUUAUAUUAACUUCACGUGGAAUAAGAUGACAGCUUCAGAAUUUGAAAAACAUUGGCAGGAGAAAAACCUUGGAAAAAAGAUGGACUUCAUUCACUUGAUACAGAUGCUGUAUUAUGUGAAAGAUCCAGAGGCCACUGUCUCAUUUUUCCGGAGUCUUUUAGAUAAAGAUGGAAAACUCUUAAUCAGUCUGGUGUCAGGUGAGGGUGGAUGGGUGACAUUAUUCAAGACCUACGGAACUGCUCUCUGUAACCCUGAGAUCAGCCAGUCUGUCAAUAUGGGAGAUAUAAAGACCUUCUUGGAUACCAAGGACAUCCCAUACACUAAAUAUGUGCUUCAGUCCCAUAUGGACAUCACAGAGUGUUUCACAGAGGGAGAUGAGGUCGGAGAACUGCUGUUGGAUUUCUUAACUGAGGUGGUAGAGUUCAGUAAGAACGCUCCUGAGGACCUGAAGAAAGGAGUGCUGGACUUACUGAGACAUCCAGACUGCAGUAAAGAGGUGGAUGGCAGGAUAAUGUUCAACAGUAGCAUGGAUGUCAUAGUGGUUGAGCCGUAGCCCCAUUACUCCUUAAUAUCUGACUUGACCUCCAAAGGACUUUUGUGUUUAGCAUUCAUUUUCAUGCCAACACAGAAUGUAUCCUAUAUUUUUAAAUUUGAAUUCCUGUACCAAAAUUAAGGUGGUCUGGCUUAUCAUAACAUAUAAAACAUAAUAAACAGUAAUUGCAUAUCUUAGGCA